AAAAAAAAACAAAAAUCGACGGAGAACCAACCACAACGAACGAAACUGGUCAAUGGCAAAGCAAACAACGAUCGAACAACAUCAGAACUGUAUCAACCAUCCACUAGCCACCAACCAACAUCAACAACAAUCACCAACAAGAACGAGACCAUACUCAUCAAGCACUAAUCUAAACACGAUGACCACCACUUCACCAACCAGCAAGGGGAAACUAAAAGCAACCACUUACUACUCAGACGAGAACCCAACAGGAACAACAGCAACUCAAGAAGAAUGGCCAGAACAAGCAGAAGAAGAAGAGGAGGAACGAACUGGCUUACUAGACAACCAUCAACAAAAACCAUCAACAAAACAUAAGAAAAACUCAAGACGACGAAAUUCAAACAAGCCAAUCAUAACUCCUUCGAUCGAAAGAGAGUCAUUGAUCGAACGAAUCAGAAGACUCGGAACUCAAACUUACACCGGAAAAUCCAGAACGAUCCCAUUCAACCCUCCCGACCAUUUCAGAUCACGUUUCCCACCCAACAUCGUCCGAAAUCAAAAGUACAAUCUGAUCAGUUUCAUCCCACUAGUAUUAUACGAACAAUUCAAGUUUUUCUUCAACCUAUAUUUCCUGGCCGUAGCCAUGUCCCAAUUCGUACCAGCCCUGAGGAUCGGACUAUUAAUGACAUAUGUAGCCCCCUUAGGAUUUGUACUGAUGAUCACCAUAGGAAAAGAAGCACAUGAUGAUUAUCUAAGAAGACAACGAGAUUCGAUAGCCAACUCGAGCCGAUAUCAGAUCCUGGAUUGGUCCUCCAAACCAACCGCUCACAACCCACUCUCCAACUCUCACCAUCAUUCAUCAGCAUCAGCAUCAGCAUCAGCAUCAGCAUCCACCACCACCACCACCUUCACCCAGAUCCAAGCCGACUCCUCGAAUCCGAAUAUGACGUCAUUACUACCGAUCAAGACGAUCCCUUCGGCCCAAAUCCGAGUCGGUGACAUCCUGCUAUUAGACAAGAAUAUGCGCGUGCCAGCCGACCUUGUGCUGCUACGAACCUCUGAUCAAACCUCGGGUUCAUGCUUCAUUCGCACCGACCAACUGGAUGGCGAGACCGACUGGAAACUGAAGCUGGCGCUCGAGUUCACCCAAAACCUGACGGAGGGUGACGCCGGGCUACUGGCCCUUGACGGUCAAGCUGAGGACGACGAUCGACUAAGGACGACCAUCAACCGCAAGGAUUCUGACCAAGGAAGUAGAAGAAGUCGACGGGCAGAGGUCUAUGCGGACAAGCCGAUCAUGGACAUCCACACCUUCAAUGGGACCCUAUUGAUCCAUUCACGAGAAGAUACAAUAAGAAGGAGAGAAACAGAGUCGGAUCGAGACCGACAACAACCCCGUCUCGGUGACGAUUUAGAUCCAGUACGAGACUCGAUCGACGACAUCGAGAUUGCCUCGAUGCACGAGAUCCUACCAUCCCAUCGAACCACCAACACCACACCCACAGAAGAGACCCGAAAAGUCCCGAUCACAUCUGAGAACGUCUUAUGGGCCAACACCGUCUUGGCCGCCGGACAAGCCGUGGGCUUGGUGAUCUAUACAGGCACCGAAACCCGCGCGGUCAUGAACACUUCUUACCCUAAAACAAAGACAAGUCUCUUGGACAUCGAGAUCAACCAAUUGGCGAAGAUCCUCUGUAUCGUCACCUUCACUCUCUCAGUGGCUUUAGUAGCCUUGAACGGUUUCCGAGGUCCAUGGUGGAUCUAUGUGAUCCGCUUCCUGAUCCUUUUCAGCUCGAUCAUCCCGAUCUCCUUAAGGGUUAACUUGGACAUGGGAAAGACCGUGUAUGCUCAUCAGAUAGAGAACGAUCUAGAGAUCCCAGGGACGAUAGUGAGGACGAGUACACUUCCAGAAGAGCUAGGAAGGAUUGAAUAUUUGCUUUCAGACAAGACCGGCACACUGACCCAAAAUGAGAUGGAGUUAAAGAAACUGCAUAUGGGUACGGUGGCUUACGGGCUAGAUUCAAUGGACGAAGUUGCCCUCCAAUUGGCCACUGCCUUUGGAGAUAAUCCACCCGAUCCGCUCGGAAAUCCGGCUGGUUCUGGCUUACCUACUGCCUCAUUAUUGGCUACUCGUGGGAGAAGAGACAUGUCUUCGAGGGUUAAAGAUGUGAUCUUAGGUUUGGGAUUAUGCCAUAAUGUGACGCCAGUCACUAACGAUGACGGUUCCGUGACUUACCAAGCAUCCUCACCGGACGAAGUAGCGAUAGUAGCAUACACAGAAUCCGUAGGAUUGAAGUUAGUUUCGCGGGACCGAAGUGGGAUGAGUUUGCGGACGACAACUGGCCAAAGAUUAGAGUUUGAAGUCUUAGAGAUCUUUCCGUUUACCUCAGAAUCCAAACGAAUGGGGAUCAUUAUCCGAGAGAAGAAGAGUGGCGAGCUGACGUUUUACCAGAAGGGAGCCGAUGUGGUGAUGGCCAAGAUCGUCCAAUCGAACGAUUGGCUCGAAGAGGAGUGUGACAAUAUGUCUCGAGAAGGAUUACGGACCUUAGUGAUGGCCAAGAAGAAGCUCUCCCAGGAUGCAUACCAACGUUUCACGAGCAGAUAUCUUUCGGCCCGAGUAGACAUGGUCACCGAGGACCGUCAGGAGGCGAUCCAGCGGGUGAUCCGGGAGGAGCUGGAGAACAACCUCGAGCUACUUGGCGUCACCGGGGUCGAGGACAAGCUCCAAGAGGAUGUCAAGAGCACACUGGAGUUACUCCGGAACGCCGGGCUGAAGAUCUGGAUGUUGACGGGUGACAAGAUCGAGACGGCAACAUGCAUCGCAAUCUCCAGUAAAUUAGUCUCACGGGGGCAAUAUAUCCACCAAGUCUCGAAGCUUCAAGGCCCGGAGAAAGUGCAGAAAGAGCUCGAGUUUCUGCAACAGAAACAGGACUGUUGUUUAGUGAUAGACGGCGAAUCACUAGCGAGUUGCCUGAGUUAUUUCGAAAGCGAGUUCAUCGAAGUGACGACGAAGUUACCAGUAGUAGUAGCCUGUCGGUGUUCGCCAACCCAAAAAGCCGAGAUCGCCAAGCUGAUUCGUCUGUAUACCAAGAAACGUGUCUGUUGUAUCGGCGACGGUGGGAACGAUGUCAGUAUGAUUCAAGCCGCCGAUGUGGGCGUUGGGAUCGUGGGGAAAGAAGGCAAACAGGCCUCGCUGGCCGCCGAUUUCUCCAUCAAUCAGUUCUCCUUUCUCACUAAAUUGUUGCUUUGGCACGGCCGAAAUUCUUACAAACGGUCUGCUAAACUCGCCCAAUUUGUCAUCCAUCGUGGUCUCAUCAUCUCCGUCAUCCAAGCCGUCUUCUCUUCCGUUCUAUACUUCGCUCCUGUCGCUAUCUACCAAGGCUGGUUGAUGAUGGGUUAUGCUACUUGUUAUACUAUGGCUCCCGUCUUCUCUCUUGUUCUCGAUCAAGACGUAAACGAAGACGUUGCAUUACUUUAUCCUGAAUUAUACAAAGAACUAACCAAGGGGCGAUCGUUAUCAUACAAGAGUUUUUUCACAUACUUUAUGUCGGCGGUUUUCCAAGGAGGAGUGAUCAUGAUCCUGAGUCUGAUCCUGUUCGAGAACGAGUUUCUGAAUAUCGUCUCGAUCUCAUUCACCUCCUUAAUCCUGACCGAGUUGCUCAUGGUCGCCCUCGAAAUCACUACCUGGCAUAGGUACAUGAUCGUCGCUGAGGUCGUCACGUUGCUGUUGUACUUGACCAGUAUGGCUUUCUUGCCUGAAUAUUUCGAUUUAUCGUUUGUCCUAACGAUUUCAUUUCUAUGGAAAGUCUCGCUUAUUACAGCCGUCAGUUCGGUGCCAUUAUAUAUAGCCAAAGCGCUUCGAAGUUACUUCGCCCCUGCGUCUUAUGCUAAGUUACGUGAUUAUUGAGGGGAAAACAAAUGAGAGUGAUGAAUGUCUCGAGUUGGACGUCGUAGAUAUCCAAGCACAUUCGUCUAAUUCUAACCCAAAACCCCAUAUAAACAAACCCCAAGAAAGCUCAUUUAAAUGUCCCACAAAAGAGUCUCAUUCAGACGGACUGUUAUAUACACACACUCACACACAUUCAUCAUUUUUUCUGGCACUAAUAGUCUCCUCUUGAUGUAUGUAUGUAAAUAUGUACUUUUUUGGUCUUAAUCAUCAUCUUUUGUUUGCUGGUUCUUUUUUGCUUGUCUAGCAAUUUAAUUACAUUCUUUAUGAAUGUUUGGCGGGAGGGUUAUCAUCAUUUAUUUCUCUUCAAAAUGAUGAUUAUCAUUUAGAAUUGAGUGUCCAGAUCUUUCCUCCUUCUCAAAAAGAUAAAUAUGAUACGGUGGUGAUAUCACAGCCAGGGUUUUCUACGAU